AUGGUGCGCGAUGCCUACAUGUCAAUUGGAACAGAACUGCAGAAACUGAAAAGGUGAUACAGUCGACUGUGGCUAGAUAUUAAUACAAUGGAUGUCUUCUGAAGCUGCGACCAGAGUUUACAGACAAUAUACCGCCAUGUGAGAACGUAUGGCGAGCCAUACGGCGGAACAGACAUAGGUGAACUCGUACAUUCAGAUACACGUAGUCCGUGUAUACUGUAUCUUGCAAUCUGCUUCGCGAGAAGAUAUAUCUUCAACGGUGAUUAAGCAAUUAAGCUGCUCAACAUGGGAUUUUUUCACCAACUGAAACUAUUAUUAUGGAAGAAUUUCACUCUGAAGAUUCGGAGGCCGUUUGUGCUGCUGUUCGAGCUGUUCAUUCCUUUAGUGUUGUUCGUCAUCCUUCUCAUGAUCCGAAAGAAACUUCCAGCCAAUCCACAAGGCACAUCUCACUUCCGCACGAUGCCUCUCCCGUCAUCCGGCCUGGUCUCCAUAAUGCAGAUGUUUUGCGAGAACGGACAUACAGAUGAACAUGGAUUCUUGGACUUCCCCAGUUCCAGCUCCACCACGUCCGUCCUUAAUAGGCUGCAGGUGUUGGCGGAGAAUCGCAAUUUCUUCGACCCAGGUUUCACCCCUGAAGAAAUGAACCAGAUCCCAGACCUGUACAAGAGCAUCAUAGAUGACCCAGCUUUUCUACAUGACAAGUUUAAAAAUACCUCCGAUUUUGAGAUCUCCCAGGUGCUCCCCAGCGUUGAUGGUCUGAUAUCAUUCCUCCACAAUAACCUCUCUCUGCCAAGAGAGGAUAUCGACACACUGCUCAAUUCGACCAUUCACGUCCAAGGGGUGUACAAGUACCUGUUUGGAGACGACAUGAUACACAUGCAAGAAACCCUGAACCGCAAUAAAGAAACGGAGCGCCGACGGUGGACCAAUGGAGGACAUACUCCAGUCGUUGUCAGGGGGAACGGGCGACAUAAGCUUCCCCUGGAAGGACACUGGUCAAGGAUACUCAAGAAGGCUGUAGAAGGCAUCGUUGAAGACAUCCUUGAGAGGUCUGCCAGUGGCCAUAUUGAUAAUCUAGAGAAUCAGAUAUUUCAGAAGAUAAUUAGUAAUCCCAGGCUGCUGGAACAUGAAAACAUGGCAGUGGUGAUCGAGGCGUUGGUCAGUAUCGUCGAACGUCUCAACACGUCUUUCAUCGUCAGCCCUGAUCAGAUGGCCCAGCUGCUGAAGAUGGAGGUUUUCUCGCCGUCUUCCCUGAAAGAACUGUCAUGUGACCCUUCGCUGCUUGUAAACCUCUUCUUUCCUCAAACCCACAAUGAUUCACUGAUUCAUCUCCAGGAGGACCUGUGCAACAUGACGUCCGCUCAGUUCGACGAUUUGUCGGCGUACCUGCGUAGAUCUGUCACAGACCAGGAUAUUGUCAACAUGUUAAACCUGCAACCUGUGAACAUCACAUCCACAGCAUACAAGAUUUCCAAUUUCAUCACAAAGGUGAACAAGUUCGUCCAGUUCCACACAGAGCUGGAGAUGCUGGCUAACCUGGUGGAGAUGAUCCCUCAGGACGCCUUCGACAUCGACAACACGACCGACGCCCACCAAGGGGGUAACGAAACAACACCGGCUGCAGGCAACACCACUGACACAACUCCGACCAAGUUUCCGCCAGUGAAACCCAAGUCCCAGCGUCCCCAAGGCCUCCUCAAGUUGUGGUCCUUCAUGCAGCAGACUGUGUGCGGCACUCCUCCCCCAACUACCCCUACAGACACGGAUGGCAACCAAGAACACCGGUCCGGUCUCGACGCCCUCAGUCUGUCGUCCAGACAACACAGGAUGCUAGGAAUCUUACUGCACGUCCUCUACAGCAAUCCCAAGGUCCUGUAUGCUCCGGCCAACACCUCCGCUGACGACGUCAUGAUUCAGGCAAAUGCUUCAUUUGCUUUCAUUGACUUGAUCAGUGAUUAUGCGAGGACGUGGCUGAACGUGUCUGUGGAACUGAAGGAAUACCUGGAGGAGCCUAAGACUGCCCACAACCUGGACUCCAUCAGAGAGAUGCAGCAUGAACUUAAAGAACACCGUGGCCUGCUGGGAUGGAUGUUCCAGAUCCCGCAGUUGUCUCCCUUCCUUAACGAGACGGUGCCCACCAGCAUGGAGUACCUACACUCCAUCAAGGUCAUCAACAAGGCUGCUCACAGCUGGCUCACAUUGAUGGAUGGCAUCAGUCUCAACGUCUUCCAGGGAUUCGACAAUGAGACAGCUAUGGUCCAGUACUUCCUCAAUGAAGCUUACCAUGAUAAUGUCAGUGUGUUGGCAGGUGUUGUAUUCGAGAACAUAGGAGCAGACGGUUCCCUUCCUCCUCACAUCCGCUACAAGAUCCGCCAGAAUGCGACCUUCACCCCGACUACAAAGUUUGUCCGCAAGCAGACGUGGUACCCAGGUCCUGGUCCCAGCAGUCAUCCAUACUAUGAGUUCGGCUUCGUCUGGAUCCAGGACAUUGUGGAGAGAGCCAUCAUCGAUGUCCAGGUUGAGCGUGACGUGGUGGAACCAGGGACCUAUGCUCAACAGUUCCCUUACCCAUGCUUCAUGUAUGACCAAUUUGUCUUCAUGAUCGAGCAUGUGAUGCCCCUGUGCCUGACUAUAUCGUGGGUGUACUCCGUGGCCAUGUUGGUUCAGAGCAUUGUGUACGAGAAGGAACAGCGGCUCAAAGAGGUGAUGAAAAUGAUGGGUAUGAACAAUGCUGUCCAUUGGUGUGCGUGGUUCCUGACGACAUUCCUGCAGAUGAGCAUCACGGUUGGGGUGCUCACCGCCAUGUUCAAAUAUGGUCGUGUUCUCGCCCACAGUGAUCCUCUCGUCGUGUUUAUGCUGCUCGAGGUCUACGUUAUUGCUACCAUAUCGUUAUGUUUCCUCAUCAGCGUGUUGUACUCCAAGGCCAAGGUGGCUGCAGCAUGUGCCGGCAUCAUCUACUUCCUGUCCUACGUCCCCUACAUGUACGUCGCCAUCAAGGAGGACAUCGCCGGUGACCGCAUCCCGGGAUAUGUCAAGUCACUCGUGUCCCUCUCGUCCACCACAGCGUUCGGCCUAGGGGCCAAGUACUUUGCCUACUAUGAAGAGAUGGGGGUGGGGGUACAGUGGGAUAACAUCUACAUGUCCCCCGUGGAGGACGACGAGUACACCCUCUUCAUGGUCAUCCUCAUGAUCAUCCUCGACUCCUUCCUGUACGGACUCCUCGUCUGGUACAUCGAGCAUGUCUUCCCAGGAAUGUACGGCCUCUCCAAGCCUUGGUACUUCCCCUUCACCAAGUCCUACUGGUGCGGCAGCCACGUCAAACACAGCGACGACUGCACCAGCAUCCUAGACCUGUGUCGUCGUGGCAACGGUGGCCACGUGUCAGUCACAGAGGAGGACCAGGCGUGUGCCAUGGCGCAGCAGAGUGGUGAUCGGAGCAUUAUGUUUGAGCAGGAUCCUGUCCACUUGCCUGAAGGAGUGUGUAUAGACAAUCUGACCAAGGUAUACAAACUUGGCAAGAAGACUGCCAUCAAGAACUUGUCCUUGAACUUCUACGAAGGCCAGAUAACGUCCUUCCUCGGGCACAACGGUGCAGGGAAGACCACCACCAUGUCCAUCCUGACCGGCCUCAUCCCCCCAACAUCAGGAUACGCUACGAUAUAUGGCCUUGACAUCCGCAGCGACAUGGACGUCAUCAGGCAGAGUCUCGGCAUGUGUCCGCAGCACAAUGUGUUGUUUGACAAGCUGACUGUGGAGGAGCACCUAUGGUUCUAUGCCCAGCUGAAGGGCAUGAAGUCGUCAGAUAUCAAGACAGAGAUGAACAGAAUGAUUAAGGACCUUGACCUGCCCAACAAGCGGCACACAGUGGUCGACUCCUUGUCGGGAGGAAUGCAGAGGAAGUUGUCGGUCGCCAUUGCCUUCGUGGGAGGGUCAAGGACGGUGAUACUGGAUGAACCCACUGCAGGGAUUGACCCCUACGCCAGGAGGGCCAUCUGGGAACUGCUGAUGCAGUACAAAGAAGGACGUACCAUCAUCCUGUCCACACACCACAUGGACGAGGCGGACAUCCUUGGGGACAGGGUGGCCAUCAUCAACAAUGGUCAGCUCAAGUGCUGUGGCUCGUCCAUCUUCCUGAAGAACAGCAUAGGGGAGGGCUACCAUCUGACUGUCGUCAAGGAAGAACCCACUGAAGAUAACCAGGAUGCAGACACAUCAUGUGAUGAACUCGAAGUGGAAAACACUCGUCGCCAGCCACCUAAACUUGUCUCCCCCUGUAAGGAGGUGAAGGUCACAGAAUUCAUCCAGAAAUAUGUGCCAACAGUGUACUUGGUGUCCGAGGCCAAGCGGGAAAUACACUACAUUCUCCCGUUUGAAGAAGCCAGGAAGAAGAGCUUUGAGAAGCUGUUUCAGGCAAUGGAUUCUGAAAUGGAUGCUAUCCACGUCAGCAGCUAUGGCGUGAAGGAUACGACCUUGGAAGAGGUUUUUCUGAAGGUCACAGAAGCUGGGUAUCAGGAAGAAGAAAGUCGGGAGGAUGAACCUGCCAAACCUCUGGAGACGUUGUCUUCUGACCCGUCAGGCCUUCCUCAGGAAGAUCUCCCCCGGUCUAAUCUAGCCAGUCAAAAUGCUGCAUCUUUGUCUGACCUGCUGGACGUGGCAACGACAGCCAAUCAGAAGCAGCAAUGGGGGCCACUGGUAUCAAGCAACCCAGCAGCAGAUGUCCUUGAACUUGGUGACAUUGCAGCAGGUGUGGGACAUGAGCCGGGACAAAGCAGACGGCAAGAACAUGCAUCUGUGAGGAACAUUGGCGUCUACAAUGCUCCAGAAGACGAACCAAAGAUCUUGCUUGAAGGUCGUGGAAGUCAUAUCCUGAAUAAAAAACUGCUGCUCUUCAACCACUUCCGUGCCGUCAUUGUUAAACGAUUCCACUACAUCACCCGCAACUGGAGGAGCUUGUUCUCACAGAUCAUCCUCCCUGCCAUCUUUGUUGCCAUAGCAAUGACAGUAGCUCUAGCAGCGCCAUCUGUGGAUGACUUACCUCCCCUUGUGCUCAGCCCAUCUCAGUAUUUCAACGUCACUCAACCCAAAGGCAACUUCAUCCCCUUCACAAAUGAGCGUAUGGUAAGGAGAACAGAAAUACCGAGCCAGGACGCAGACGCUGAGAAAUUAAUCCGCACACUCUUCCUCCCAUCCGGAGUGGGUGCUACGUGUGUGCUGCAGAAACCGUUUAAUAGCUCCUUUGAUGUGGACAUGCUGAAAAGGUUGAACUACACCCAGAAGACAUAUGAGCUCCUGUCACGGUACUACGAGCCUGAGUGUAGGAGAGUGUUUGCGCCAGGGAUUCAUCUCGACAGUUACAUCCCCCCGGAGGCUCCAGUACAGCCGAAGGUUGGCCAGACCGCUGAGGAUGACAACACCACCAUAGAUUUCCCUAUAGAUCCGAGCUACUCCACCACACACUUCUACCCCCACUGCGUGUGUCGGGCGGACAAGACUGGCUUCAAGUGCAACAAGAACCAUGCUGAGGCUCCCAAGUUCCGGGUCGUCACCCAGGACAUUCUCCAGAACGUCACAGGACAGAGAACAGAGGACUUCAUCCUGUACACCACACAGGACUACAGACUUCACAGAUAUGGAGUUCUGUCUUUUGGUCUGGAACAGCGCUAUGUACCAGAGAACUUUGGCCGAUCGGCUCCGACGUUGUUCAGGAAACUGGCAGUCCGUAGUGCAGCCAAGCUGUGGUUCAACAACAAGGGCUACCACUCCAUGGCCGUCUUCCUCAACACCAUCAACAAUGCUAUACUGAGAGCCAAUCUGCCUAAUAACAAAGGCAACCCUGCAGCUUUUGGCAUUACAGCCAUAAACCAUCCCUGGAAUGACACCAAUAACGAGAUGUCUACUGUCAACUAUAUGAUGGAGGGGUCUGACGUCCUGAUCGCCAUCUUCAUUAUUGUGGCCAUGUCCUUUGUGCCAGCCAGUUUCGUAGUGUUCCUGGUGUAUGAGAAGUCCACCAAGGCCAAACAUCUCCAGUUUGUCACCGGGAUCAACCCUGUCAUGUACUGGCUCGGGAACUAUGUCUGGGAUAUGGCCAACUACACCAUUCCUGCCUUCAUGUGUAUAAUGGUGCUACUGAUAUUCCAAAUACCUGCGUACGUGUCAACCAGCAACCUGCCUGCCGUGGUGGCUCUCUUCCUUAUGUAUGGAUGGUCCAUAACACCUGUCAUGUAUCCCGCAUCCUUCCUGUUCAAUGAGCCCAGUACUGCCUACAUCUGCCUCAUCGUCAUCAACCUCUUCACCGGCAUCACCUGCAUCGUGUCCAGCUUCCUCCUGGAGCUCUUCUCCUACGACAAGGAUCUCAACAAGGUGCAUGACAUCCUGAAGAUUAUCUUCAUGAUGUUCCCCAACUACUGCCUGGGUCGGGGGCUCAUGGACUUGGCCUUCAAUGAGUACAAGAACGAGUUCUACUUUAAAACUGGUCAGUACGAUAUGAUGAAGUCUCCCAUGGAGUGGAGCAUCAUUCCAGUACACCUGGUUGCCAUGACAGUGAUUGGACUCAUAGCCUUCCUCAUAACAAUACUUUGUGAAUACAAGUUCUUCAUACCUGCCAGGUAUGUGAAGGUGACUAACUCCACGAAUGUAGACGAAGACGUUGAUGUAGCUGCUGAGAGGAAGCGGGUGUUGAAGGGGACAGGCCGUUAUGACAUGCUGAGACUGGAGAAUCUCACCAAGGUGUACAAGACUGCCAAACUAGGGCGCCACCUAGCUGUCGAUAAGCUGUGUCUUGGAGUGCCACCUGGGGAGUGUUUUGGCCUGCUUGGAGUGAAUGGCGCAGGAAAGACAACGACCUUCAAGAUGUUAACCGGUGACCUUCGACCUACAUCUGGGUGUGCCUAUCUUAAUGGUCAUAGUGUUAUCAAGGAACUGAACAAGGUGCAGCAGAAUAUCGGCUACUGUCCCCAGUUUGACUCCCUCUACGACGAGCUCACUGCCAGGGAACAUCUACAAUUCUACUGCAGGCUCCGAGGGGUCUCGCCUAAAGAUGAGAAACAGGUUGUGAACUGGGCCCUGUCCAAGCUGGGGCUGAACAAAUAUGCAGACAAGCUAUCUGGCACAUACAGUGGGGGCAACAAACGGAAGCUGUCCACAGCAAUCGCCCUUAUUGGCCAUCCUCAAGUCAUUUUCAUGGAUGAACCAACUACUGGUAUGGACCCUCACUCACGUCGCUUUUUGUGGGACCUCAUAUUGAGCCUCAUCCAAGAUGGCCGCUCAGUCAUCUUAACCUCACACAGUAUGGAGGAGUGUGAGGUUCUGUGUACACGUCUUGCCAUCAUGGUCAACGGUCACUUCAAGUGUCUUGGCAGCAUCCAGCAUCUCAAAAAUAAAUACGGGGAUGGAUAUACCUUCAGUUUCCGGUUGAAAGGGCCAAAUUAUGAACAGGCCAGUCGAGGGGUUCUACGAUUUGUAGAGAGAAAUAUACCAGCAGCAACGCUCAAGGAGCAGCACUUUAACCUGCUUCAGUACGAGCUGCAGUCAGAGAGUGUGUCCUUGGCUCACCUCUUUUCCACCCUGGAGCUGGCCCAGCAAGACCUGCAGAACACCCUGGAGAGGACUGGAGAUGUCAGCCAGAACACCCUGGAUAAUGUGUUUAUCAACUUUGUGAAACAGCAGAUGGAGAUUGUCCAGGAAGACGACACAACAACCCGCCAGAGGUCAAGGACACGAGCAAGGUCACGAGCUGCAGCAGAAGAAGAUGUCGAGCCUCUCCUGUUGUCUGAAGACGAUGGCGGACUCCUGCAUGAUGAUGAUGAUGAUCUCAUUUUACGUCUGGAUCAGUCCAAUGGGACCCGUCUGACUAUACUUACCCUCUGAUCUUCUGCAACUGCUGAUCUCAAACAUAAGCCUUUUGUGAUUUCGUCUCUUGUGAAACGCUUCCUGUUGAAGAAUUUCAGCUACUAUAUGAGGUCAUGAUGACUCUCAAUGUUUUAGCUGAAGGUUCUACAAAAGACAUGAUGACAGAGGAACAGCAACAGUAGGAACCCCAGUGCAAACAGAAAAAUAUUCAUUCAUUAUUUACCAUCACUGAAGACAUUGACCAAGCUGUUUUCUAUGUGUGCCAGAAGUUUUCAAUGCAAAAGUAUAUAUAUUUUCUUGCAAUAACAAAGAAUUAGAAGUGAGAACUUGUCAUUACUUUCAAACAUGUAUAUUUUAAGCUGAAAAUUGUGUCUUCCCCUUUAAGCAGUGUCAUGUCAAUAAACAAAGGACAUUUGCUUGAUGGAACAUCUAUAGGAAAUAACGUUCAUCUAGGGUGUAGUGCAAGCCAUAAAUCGCUUAAUCAUUUAUCCAAGGCUUGCAGCAGCUCCAAGUGUUUGCCCACUCUUGCAAAAUGGCAGUGCAUUUAGCGCGCUUGCACGCCUUGCCCUAAUGAACGUCGUUAUAGAAGAGUCUUGAUGAUCAUCCAAUACAUUUAUUACUAUUGAUGACUACGUUGAAGAUGCGGAACAUGCUGGGAUGUAAGGUUCCCUUGCCAAUGUUCCGACUGAUCCAGUUAAAAAGUUCUUGUUCAGCUGUCAGAUUUUCAUCAACUGCCAUUUUGGUUUGAGAAUGAAGUGAACGCAGCCACUGAUUUGUGCAACUGUAAGCUAGUAGAUAAAGUUAACGUUCCUUUGGAAGGUGAAUUGCUGUAAAUUGCUUGCAAUCGAUUGCCUGUUUGCAACACACCAAUGAGAUCAAUCAAUCUCUCCUCCAAGAUACUGCAGCUGUGUAAUUGCAUCACAAUCCUUUGUGUAAUUGUAUCACAAUCCUUUGUGUGAUGUCAUCAGUCAGCAUGAUGUCAUAAUCAAAUGACAUCACCAAUUUCUCUGCAACUGAAGCUGUUAGUAGUAUGUUUUAGACUCAAGACAAUACUUAUUACUACAAACAGAAAUUGUUAGAAUGAUGUCAGAUGAUAAACGGGACCUCUCCCUGGUGUCUUUAGAUUUGAAAGAUAAUAACACUCGACAAUAAAGUUCAAACUUGACUUGUGCAGAUGUGUGAUAUCAAGUCACUUUAGAGAGAAUCUCCAUGUCUUACCUGAAUCGUGUAUCCAGUAGGAGAGAUACCUCACUGUCUGAGAAUAUAUUUCACUUUGGAACAUGAGUGACGGAUUAUCUCAUUGUGUAAUGUGAGAACAUUUUUCACCUUGGAACAAGAAUUUAUCUGCCAGGACACUAAAAUAUGUGACUAUUCUCCUUGUUGCUAUGCCAUAUGGGACAUAUUAUUGCUGAUCCAUCAUAUUUCGAAAGGAAUUAUAUCUGGAAAAUAUUUGAGACAUGUGGGUGUGUUACAAGGAAUAUGAGAAUGUUUAUCUUUGCAAAUGGAAAGAAACAUAUUCACUUAUGGGGGAAGAAAGAAGAAAACAAGGAAUGUGAGAACAAUUAUCUACAAGGAAUAUGAGAAUAAUUAUCUACAAGGAAUGUGAGAAUGUUUAUCUUUGCAAAUGGAAAGAAACAUAUUCACUUAUGGGAGAAGAAAGAAGAAAACGUUUAUCAAUAUGAGAACGGUUAUCAACAAGGAGUGUGUUUCUUACUGAAGAAUGUAGGAAUUUGUCAGCAAGGAAUGUGGGAAUAUUGCCAAAGGAAUGAGAUGUAAGAAAAUUCAAGUUUCAAUAUGGAAGAUGUGUCAGAGAAUUUUAUUUAAAAUUUAGAUACAUUUCUCCAUACUCAAGUGAAACAUCAUUUCCACUUCAGACUCACUAGCGACAGUGGAAUAAGAACUCCUUAUGGAAGAAGAAACAAGGAAUAUGAGAAUGUUUCUCACUGAGGAAUAUGUGAAUGUUUCUUUAUGACAGAGGAAUAACACUUUUUAGUGUGUGCGAUAAUAUACAAUUUCACUUUCCAUAAUAAAUAAAAUGUUGCAUUAAAAUGCCAAAUUUCAUUGUAUGUGUCCAGCAAAGUGAAAAUCUUAUACCAGUGUCCACCAUUUACACAGAACCAACUUGUGACAUUUUGGUUUUUAUUGAGCAUUUAAGUUGUGCUACCAAGGUGUCAGAUCUUGAUCCUUUUGAGGGAGUGGUAAAAUGUUUUAAUACAAGCUGUUGUUCAACUUUGGGUAUUAAAACUGUUAUUUGAGUUACGCAACUGGAGAAUAUGGGAGAUUGUUUAUGCAUUUGCCAACUUAUAAACAUGGCAACUGAUUGUCCAUACAGGAGGGUGUGGAUUAGGGAUGUCACAAGUACGUGUCUGUAAAAUUCGAGUCAGUUAAUCAGGAGUCGUUACAUUUUUGACUGUCAGUAACAUUAACGCUUAUAUCAGAGAGGGGCAGUGGGGUAGCCUAAUGGUUAAAGCGUUGGCUCGUCACGCCGAAGACCCGGGUUCGAAUCCCCACAUGGGUACAAUGUGUGAAGCCCAUUUCUGGUGUCCCCCGCCAAGAUGUUGCUGGAAUAUUGCUAAAAGCGGCGUAAAACCAAACUCAGUCAGUCAGUAUAUCAGAGAAUUUGUGAAGUUGAAUCAUCUCUCAGUAAGCAUGUAUUGUCAGUCUGUUUGGGGGAACAGCAACGGCUGGUUCUCCUCAAGUUUCACUACUGCAAUUAUAUUUAUAUACUACCAAUAACCGAUUGGUUUUGCCAUAUCAAUGGAUCUAGUUAUAUACAACUUUUAUAAGGUGCUACUUUGAUUACUAUCAUCAGCAAAAAUCUUACUUUACAGUUUUUCCUGGACAUUUUACAUUCAUCUUUAGCGAUGAAACAUGACUCAUCAAAUCUUUGACUCCUGUUUUGAGAUUUUUUAAGCAAAACAGGAUAUCCCAGCAGAACCUAAAUAUCAUUCAACACAGACAUGUGUCAAGGAGGUUCAUCACAGAACACUUCGAUAUUGAUAUCUCCCAUGUUGAUUUUUCUCCCUUGUAACUAUUUUGAUUCUGGCAAAUUAAAUGUUUGAUUAAGACACAUGAAGUUUAAUGGAAGACAAAGGUCAUAUGAGAUGACUUUGAUUAAGCUGGAGGCAAUUUCAUAAUACCGCUGUCACUUUUCAUCCUUUCAUGACAAAUAUCAAUGCAAGGUGUUUGAAAUUUGAUGUAUAUAUCUCAAUCAUUCUUUGAAUUGUAAUUACAACUUCAAUCAUAAAAUGCUCAAAUUGUGGUAUGUGAUUAUUCUUACCUUGGGAGUUACCCAUUUAUUACAAUACUUGAAUUGCCUUGUAUGUGUGCCCUGCAUUUCAUUGUUUUUAUGUAACACUGAUCUCUUGUGCUAUCAUGUGUGGUUUCAUCAUCUCUGUGUCGGUUUUUGUGACAGACAAAAAUGCUUGAAACUUUCAUUUUGAUUUAGAGACGCCCUUCCAUUUCAGCUUUGACAGAAAUGUGUCAUGUGGAUUGUGUGUGAUUGAUUUUAUAUUGAAACAAUGUAUUAGAAACUAUGGGUUCAAUGUGUAGCGAUAGAAGUGAAAAGAAACUUACAUUUCUGACAUCUAUUUCAGUUUUGUUUAGUUUGGGACAUUAUUUUUUGUUUUUGAAUCACAGGCUAUUUUGGUCAAUGUAAGAAGUAUGAGCUGGGAAUAAUAUUUUUGUGGGAAAAAGCUUCUUUUUUUGUUAAAUUGUAUCAUGGAAUGUUUUUACAAAUAUUUCUAGAAAGAGAAGGGGGAAAAUAGAAGCAAAAUAUGAAUGAAUUCCUCAGUGAGGACCAUUUUCUGGUUGAAGCUUCGCUUUUACAUUGUUUUCUUCAGAAGACAAA